AUGUUGAUGCUGGUUCUCCGUCUGCCCGUCCUCCUGCUGGCCGGCUUCACCCUGUUCAGUGACGAGCAGGACAGAUUUAUCUGCAACACCAUCCAGCCAGGCUGCUCCAAUGUGUGUUUCGAUGUAUUUGCUCCUGUAUCCGUCUUCCAUCUCUGGCUUUUCCACCUCAUUCUUCUCUGUCUUCCCCAUGUGCUGUUUGCAACCUAUGUUGUGCAUAAAGUUUUGUUGUAUCCCUAUUUUGGAGGGUUCUACUGCGACAGGAGUCGAGGAGGUUCACCUUUCAGCCGUGAGAACUCCAGCUCUUCAAGAGAAGUGUCUUUGCAUAAAGCUCCACUUCACGAACUGCAACGAGAAUGGGGAGCGCCGCGCUUCUACUGCGCUUACUUCCUGGUUGUAAUUCUACAGAUCCUUGUGGAAGUGGUUUUCGGUGCAGGCCAGUUUUUUCUCUUUGGCUCGUCCAUUCCUAGGAGCUUCCUGUGUUACGAGGCGCCCUGCACAUCUGGCGUGGAGUGCUACAUUUCCAGACCGACUGAGAAGACCUUAAUGCUCAACUUGAUGCUGGCCGUCGCCUCCUUGUCCAUUCUGCUGAGUUUGGUUGACCUGGUGAGCUCCAUGAAGGCGAUGGUGAGGUGGAGGACACAAAGGGAGAUGCUGAUGGAGGAGAUGAGUAAAGGAGAGCAAAGCAGUAUGUUCACAACGACAACCAUGACUGAAGACAACGAUGUGCCUUUAACCAGAAGAAUCAGCCCGAGUGAAAGCUCAAAGAAUGGUCUCAUAGAUCAAAAACCAGUUGUUGUUCCAGUGUCAGAUGGUGAACCUCUUCAUGCUACGGUGAAUGGUGGACCCGUCACUAAAAAUGGCGAAGUCACUAAUGACACGAGGCCAGAAAGCAAAGAUGCUAAAGUGGAGAUGUCUCGCGCACCCACUCCCAUGAGCACUCCAGUACCAACUCACUUUGUCCUCCACAGCCACCUGAGACCCCCCCUGUCCACUCGCCUUGACAGAGGACCACCAAACCCCAGGAUGCCAACACCUAUGGGUCUCAAAACGCUGGACCAGAACACUCCAGUUGGGGAAAACUCAGGCCAACACUCUGAUAGCAGUGAGUCUCAAGAGAAGAGGGCAUGGGUGUAA